UUUCAAAAGCGGUGAUGAAAAGGUUUUUAUUGGAAAAUAAAUAAUCUUUAAAAAUGGGUAAUCAACAGGCCAAAAAAGGCGAACAACUUCCAUUUACCGCUGAUGAAAUGAAAGUUUUGGAACACUCAUUUCGUCAUACCUCUGGUGGACAUACAGAAAAAAUUACUGAAAAUAAAUUAUUGGAAACCUGGUCUACAAUUGUCGAUAAAAAUUUGGCACAAUUUAUAGCAAAUUUUCUAUAUACCGCCACGCCAACACCACAACAAAAACAACAGCAACGACAACCACAACGCGUAGGCACCAUAACUUUUAAGAAAUAUGCUGAACCUUAUUACAUAGUAGAAAGAGGUUCUUUGGAUGAACAAGUCAAUUUUAUACACUUGUCAUUGGCAGGAAAAGCUAAUGAUGAAAUCGAUUUAAAGCAAUUGGAAAUGUAUAUAACUUCAGUUUUAUUAAGUUAUUUACACAUAAUGAGAGCUAAAAAUUCUCCAGAAUAUGAAUCUUGGCUUAAAUUUGGUUAUCAUUGUAAUGAUCGUUCGGCACAAUGUUUUGCCAAAGGUUUAAUACGUUUACUGGAUAAAGAAACAGAUUCAGAGUCUACAGCUUCUCUGUAUGCUUUAGAGAAAUGGUUACAAAUAAAUCCAACAUUUCUUAUAAUAUGGCGUAAUGUUUUUUCAUAUCUAUACGGUUCGAAUAAUGGUAAAAAUGGCAAAUUGGGCACAAAUCAUAUAAGUCAACAAAUAUUACCCAUGCAAGAAGGACUACCUAGUGGUACAAAUUAUUCACCCAUAUUGGAUAUACCUCAUGUGAUUUAUAUCAAUAGCAAUAUGCCCACAGAUUUAAGAAAUAAAUGGCGUUUUUUGUUUUCAUCGAAAAUUAUGGGCGAAAGUUUUUCCACCAUGUUGGGCAAAUUGCUUAAACGUGGUCCUACUCUUUUGGUUGUGGAAGAUGAAGAUCAUUAUAUAUUUGCUGGUUAUGCUCCGGAAUCUUGGAGUUUGGGGCCAAAUUUUUUGGGUGAUGAUAGCUCUAUGUUGUUUACUUUAAGUCCCGCCAUGCGUUGUUUUAAUACUACUGGAUAUAAUAAUCAUUAUCAAUAUUUAAAUUUAAAUCAACAAACUAUGCCCAAUGGUUUGGGAAUGGGUGGUCAAUUUAAUUAUUGGGGCCUAUGGUUGGACUGUGAAUAUGGUUUGGGUCAUAGCUCUGAAUCCUGCACCACAUAUAAAGAUUAUGUACAGCUGAGUAAACGUAAAGACUUUCGCAUUAGGAAUCUAGAAGUUUGGGGUAUAGGUGAUGAACCCAAACAAGGCGAGGACAGUGAUGAGGAGGAAGGAGAUGGCUCCAAUAAACGUUCCAUAUUGGAUCAAAAUUUAGAAGAUCGUGUUAUGUUAGAAUUAUCUGGUCGUAAAAUGCACUCUGAUGGUUUAAGAGAACCUGAUCUGGAUUUAUAAAUUUUAAAAUAUAUGAAACAAGUUUUUUUUUUUAAAUUUGCACAGUAUUAACGUAAGUUUCUGAUGCAAAAUUUCCUAUUAAGUUUAAAAUAUUCAGCUUCUUCGUAAAUUUAGUUUUAACCAAAGAGACAGACAAUAAUGUGGACCAUUUUUGUGAAAUGUUCUUUAAAGAAUUUUUGUGAAAUGUUUAGUAUUUAGAAAAAAAAAACAACACUCAUUCCUUUAACAAAUUGCUUAAAAAAAAUUUUUAAUUAAAAUAUUCAUAAAUGGC